GCUGGUACGAGGUUUCGUGAAAAGUGCACGUCCAAAUGACUGGCAAGUUUGCUACAGCUGUUAACACUGCUUUAUCUGCGAAUGAUUUGAAAUGAGUUUUAUUUAUUUGUCGAAUGAAAAUUUAAAUAGAAGCAGUAACUAUGGACGUUGCUUUUUAGUCGUGCAUCAUAUCACGUGUUGAAUAUAUGUUCUUAUAACAUAUAAAGAGGGAUAAUCACAUUAGAAUAUCAUUUCCAACACCACGUUCUAAUCUGUUUCAUUCAUUCUCUGCACGGAGACCGAACUUUGAUGCUGCCGUUUUGUGAAUUAGGCAGUCGAUUCAGGCGGUAAAAAUAAGCAAUACAUUUCAAGCACCAGAAAGUACUGGAUGUAAACAAAACCUUUGCAUCCAUGGCGGAAGAAAGCAGCUCAGAAGUAAUUCUGGUCACUGGUGGAAGUGGCUUUCUUGGACAACACAUUGUAAAGCUGCUACAAGAGAAAGACCCAAAGGUGCGAGAGAUUCGAAUUCUGGACCUAAAACCAUACGUGAAUCAUCUGGACCACAAAGAGCAGAAACUCAUGAAGAUGAUCGUUGGCGACAUCGUGGACUUGGAAGCUGUGCGAGAGGCGUUCCGAGGUGUGGACUGCGUAAUUCACUGUGCUGCGUUGGUCAGUUACAGCUUCCCACCUGAUAAGGAGGCGCUGGAUCGUGUCAACGUCACAGGCACACGUAAUGUGGUGUCACUAUGUGUGGAGAUGGGGGUACCCCGACUGGUGUUCUGUAGCACCUCAGAGGUCACACUAACUCCAUACAUGGGUGGUAUACAUGCAAUGAUCAUCAACCAAACAGAGAGCAAGGCGCUCGCACCCAGCUGCGACAAGGGAUGGAAGCUUCUUCUGCCUGGGUAUCCAGCCUCAAAGCUCGGCGCAGAGAACAUUGUCCUGGCUGCUAAUGGCAGACCUCUUUCCAAUGGUCAUGGACAGCUUCACACAGUAGUGCUGCGCCCCACACUACUAUACGGUGAACAGGACCCUCAUCUAGUGCCGAGUUUGAUUCACCUCUCUGAGAAAAUGGACAGUUCUCUAGUGCGAUUUGGAGGGUCUGGUGGCAGACAACAGAUGACAUAUGUGGGUAAUGCAGCAUGGGCCCAUCUGUGUGCAAAGGACAAGCUGCUGGUUACGUGUCCUGGUGGAGGUAUUGCUGGCCUACCUAUCUUUAUAACAGAUGACACUCCAGUGGAUGACCUCCUGAUCUUUGCUCAGAAGGUGACAACCCGAGCUGACUUGCCACCACGUUGUUGCCUGUCUCGUUGGUACAUACCAGCAUUACUGGCUUAUAUGGUAGCAGCAAUCAUUGAGUUGGUAGUCAUGAUGACGCGGAUCCCUCUAUCAGUCCCACCUUGCGGUAUUGUGGCUUACCUUGGUUCCAUAGUACUAUACAACAGGCUCAGGGCUUCUUUGCAUCUGAACUACAUGCCAAUAUUCCAGCCAGAUGAGACAUAUAGUAGAUCAAACAAGUAUUACACCAAGAAAAAGCUCUGACAAUGUGUGGAUUUGAAGGUGCAUGUCUUCUGGUAUGUGUCUUUGAUAAUACAUAACCACAAUAAAUGUUAGUAUGCAUAAAUUUAACAUGGUUGCUGUGGUGAAUAUAACCUCAGAUGAGAUUGUAUUACCUAAUUUUCCAUACUGUUGAUAUACAGUAGCACAGCUUGAUGUCCUGCCAUCUUCUGAAUUAAAAUUAAAUUAAACAUGUAAUCAUGGUAAAGGCAGCUUCAGGAACAAGCCUCUGACAACAUUUGCACUCUAUAAUAAAGAACAUACAUCUGUUUGAAGUGGUCACACUCUGCUCAAGAGUGUGAUCUAUAAAUAACAAACUUUAUGGUUGACGAUCUUCCUCUAAACAAUCAAUAGGUAAUUGGCUACUCAAUAAAACUCCUGCUAUGAAAGUUUAUGAUUCAUUACUAUUUACAAAUAUUUACCACUGGGUGCUAUCUUAAGCUAUUUAAACCUAGUUCUAAUGCCAUGGAGAAGAGUCCUCCUUCAGUAUCUGACAGUUGUUCAGAUGAUAAAGAAAUUCAUUCAAUUUUCUGGAACUUUUUUGUGAGUAUACUACAAUAUCCAAAUAUUUGAAGUUUUUUUAUUUUACAUUUUCAUAUGUAAAAAAUAACAUUCAAGUGUAUGUCCUUAUGUACAGAUAGCAAACAAUGGCAAGUGGAAUUUCUGUGUAUAGUAAUUUACUGGGUACAGUAAUUUGCUAAUAAACAUAUUUCUGGUA